AUGAAACACGGCAAUUUCAGUAAUGAUUUGGGAAAGGAGGACGCAGCUGAUGCUCCCAAUCCUAUUCAUCCUAAGCAAGUUCAAUCAGGUGCAGGGGAUGCAGAGGAAUUCGAUGGUGUAAAAUGUUUAACCUCGUCGACGAAAGAUGAGUUGUCUUUGCUUACGCAAGAUAAUCUAAAUUAUGGUACAGUUUGUAUCUAUAAAGUUCCUGAAAAACAUCGAAACCAGAAUCAAGAAGCUUAUACACCUCGAUUAAUCUCAAUAGGUUUUAUGCAUCACGGUGCAAGUCAGUUGCAAGCUAUGGAAGAGUAUAAGCUGAAAUAUUUUAGCCAUUUCCUACACACAUUUCGAGUUUCCUUAGAGCAGUUGGCUGAAUUUGUGUACGGUCAGGAAAAACUUUUUCUAGACACAUUGUACAACACUUUUGUUUUAAACAAUGUGAGAAAGUGCUUUGAUAAUGAUGCAAUUUAUCCACCAUCUUUCCAUGAACUAGCCCAUAAGUACUUCAAGAGUGUAGGUAAUACGGCAAACCUGUUGCUGGCUCGUGAUUUUCGCUACGCGAGGCACUUGGUUCAGUUCUUAUCGAUUCUACGUAGGCCUGAUAGAGAUAUUCGGUAUCCAAGUGUUGAACGAAAAGUUGAAAACAACUUGGAUUUCGCUCGAUGUCCAACUGUAACAGAACUCAAAGCAGCUGGAGUUAAGUUCCAACAAGGGAAUGGAAAAUGCCUCUUGGAUGUUCAUUUUGACAGCAAAAAUGGAGUGCUGAAGAUUCCAGCAUUGACAGUAAAUGAUUCCACGGAAACCUGUCUCCGGAAUCUAAUUGCCUUCGAACAGUCUGGAUACCAUUUCAGAUAUAUGUCAAGCUAUGUUAUUUUGCUGGAUAACUUGAUUGAUACACACAAAGAUGUUGAUGUUCUAAUUCAAUGCGGAAACCAUCAGGAAUGA